GGGUAUGAGUCACGGUAUCUGAGGUAUCAGCGGACUGGAACUUGCCUGCCUCCCCUGUCUUUCAGUCAUAUGCUGUGUAGGAAUAUCAGUUGAAGAGCCUGGAUGUGCCAUGGCUUCCUGCUACACUGAGCCGUCGACACUCAGUGCCUGGAUACAAGAUGAAGAUGAGGACGAGAAAGAGAAAGAGACAAAGUCUCCACAAAUGAGCUCAAGUGAUGAGUCUGAUGAGUCGGAACCUGAGCCAUCAUUGGCUCCUGUAGUGCGAAGGAAGGUUUCUUUCGCAGAUGCCUUUGGCUUGGACUUGGUUUCUGUUAAGGAGUUCGAUAACAGAGUUGAGAGUGUUGAAGGGAGAGAGGGAGAGGAGUACCACCUGUCCUGCAUCUUCAGUGUCCCAGCCUCGGAUGAGGAGCUGAAGCUUCGGCUUCAGCAGAACAAGCUGGAGCUGGAGGGCAUUGAGCUCCUGCCUGGCUCCACCACCAUCCGUGGCACUGUCCGUGUGCUUAACCUCUCUUACCACAAGGUUGUUUAUGUACACACUACUUUGGAUGGCUGGCAAAGCCACUUUGACCAGCUUGCUGAGUAUGUUCCUGGCUCCAGUGAUGGAGAGACAGACCGCUUCUCCUUCCAACUCACCCUGAUGCCUCCCUUUCCACUUGAUGGUGCACGGGUGGAGUUCUGCCUCUGCUAUGAAUCCUGCUCCGGAAUCUUUUGGGCAAACAAUGGAGGUAUGAACUAUGUGCUCUUCUGCCAUCAGAGAAAAGGGAGAGCACUGAAAGAGAAGGAGGGAGGGAAAGAAAGGGAGACAGAAGAGAAUGAUCAAAAGGGAAAAAAGAGCUGCUUGAAAGCGAUCAAAAAUGGCAGUUGUGCUGAGUCGAAGUCCUCGGACAUGAGCAGCGAACACUCAGAACAAGAGUCUGUAGAGACCAAGAAAUGGAAAAUUCAGCAAACAGCAGAAAGUCCAUCAAUAGAUACACUACAGGAGAGCUGUAAAACUUUGGCUGAAAGACGGAACAGACGGCGAGCAGCUAAGUUGGCAUACUUGCAAGACUAUCUCUCUCAUAGGGAGACAGAAGUCCAGCUAGUUCAACCUUCAGAUCAAGAAAAAUCAAAGAGAGAUUUAAAUGUGGUAUUACCCAUGCCACAGCACAGUAUUCCAGUGAUGACAGACCCUUCUAGUACACUUAAAGUAUGCAGCAGAAAGGAGCAAAAUGGGAAUACAUCAUUGAUUCUACCUGACCAUCAGAUUCCCUUACUUCCCCAGGACUGGGGUAAAAAAAUCUCAUCUCCAUCUCCCUCUCAUAAAAACACUUCUGACAUCAUCAGUGGAACAAGGUUGGAUGUUCUUGACAAAGAACAAAUAGAUGAUGUGUCAAUAGAAUUGUCAAAUGAUGCCUGGAAAGCUUUCCUCAAUUGCACGGAUAGUUUAGACAACCACAACAAUGCUUUGGACCAAAAGUGCUUGCUUUGUUUUGCAGGGUCCAAUGCCUCCCAACCCUCAAAUACAGAAUAUGAUGUGUCCAAUAUAGGGGAAAACAUAUUAUCAGUGUGGAAUAGCCAGGAAGGUGCUGUGACCAGUGGGAAUGGGUCACACCAAUGCUUUAUAGCAAUGGAAACUCUGGAAUCUGAUCCUGCUAAAGUGUCUCAAGCUCUUGACCCCAGUCAUUUCAUUGAGGUGUUAAGUUAUAAGUGUCCUGAAAAGGCACAAUUCAGUUCUAAAGCAUUCACUGCCCAGAAAUCAGAAUCAAUCUGGGUUCAACUGAGGCCUGGUGUCACUGAGGACCCACAUGAGGGACACACAGUUAGUGAAAGGCCUUUUAGUGAAGACGAGCCUAUGCUAUUAACCAAACCAGGGCAGACAGCCAAAGUGAAGGAUGCCACAGACCCACUGAAUUCCAAACCAGGACAUAGCGUUUUGCUUGAAGAACGUGCAAGCAGUACAGGUUUCUUAAACACAGAAAUGAAGGUGAAAGGGGACACACACAGAGUGGUUCAAGACACUUUGACAUUUACGGGGAUCAGGAGUGAACCUUUUACAGACAGUAGGGAGUCUUUAGAAAGACAGCAUAUACAUGAAAGCGGAGAACCAAAGAAAAAGAAAGAGCAUAUCAGGGAAGAAAAUGAGAAUGAAUCCCAAAUGAAAAGAAUAUCUUGGACUGAGUAUUCUGAAGGAGCUUUAGUGGUACUAGAAAGCAGAUUGCAAGAAGAUGACAAGGAACCAUCCCAUCUAAAAGAUGGGAACACAGAAAUUUGGAUUUCAUCAAGGACAAGUGUGGUGUUUGAUGAAGGUGAACCACAGACUGAAUGUCUCAACAGAGGAGAAGAGGAGGCUGUGUGUUAUGAAUUAGAGAAAAGGGGAUUCUCUGACUCCAGUGAGAGGCAAGGAGAAGAAAUAUCCUCUGUGGAAAAUAUAGCUGAUAGAGAAUGUGAAACUGGUUUAAAGGCUGAGGGUCAGGGUAUGUAUGGAAGGCAGAGUGAGGGUGAUGGCUAUAUAGAUAAGGCACUACAUGGAGAACAACGCAAGCUUCAAAGUUCCCCUGAAACCUGCCCACAUACACACAAUCUAUGUAUAACGAGCCAGACCAAUGGUCCAUCUGGGCACCUCACCUGGAGUGAAGGUGAGCUUCUUUUUCCUGCCCCACACAAGGGUUUUGAGAGUAAGGAGACUCUGAGGUAUUCGGUAGAUCAGGACCUCCAGGAUCCAUGUGUGAGGACUGAUUGCUCAUUCUCCAGGACAGCUUCCCCCACAAUGUCAAGCUGGUUGCUGGUGUGCUGGGCCAAAAUCUCUAUUCUGAGCUACAUCGCUGGGGCCCUCUUGUGUGCCAUCCUGUUUGUAAUCUUUGCAACUGCUUAUUUGCAUGACCUCCCAGUUUGCCUGGCCAUUUACCUGUUGUCUGCAUACUGGUGGUGUAGACAGGGCAUGAAAAAGCAUGUGACCACAGCUGACAGUGUGGACUGACAUCGGUAAAGGAAAUGAUUCACUUUAAGGGCCCAACAUCUGUCGUCUACAUGUACCCGAGUGGGGUUUCUUUCUUCUGAUGAUGUUGCUUUCCUAAAUAAAAUAAUUUGAUGUUCAUUUCUGAAGGGCAGCUUCCUCCAUUUUGUGAAGAUGGUGAAUAUAACAUAUCAGUGCUCAAAUGUCUGAGGCCUGGAUAUGACACCAAAUUAAUGUAGAAUCUUUCUUUGUGCUGAUAAAGAUCAUACAAGUCUUGCUUGUGCAGACUCUCAAGAGUCAACUUACAUUGGGAAUGUUUAACAUUCAUUUCAUUUUAUUAUUAAUUACUAUGGUAUAUUUUACUUACAGUGAUUGAUAUAUUAAAUUUCAAUGGCCCCAAUUUGCAUAAAAAAUUCUGUAGCACAGAUGUGUGAGUUUAGCAGCUCUAAGUUUCUAAAAAUGAACCAGCACAGAUUCAGUAGCAGAUAAUUUGUUGUAGUUUAUCCAAUGAAAUGCAUUUAUAUAAAAUAUUUAGCUGAAGGCAGCACAUCAGACCAGAGACUAGCUAGAGGGCUAGAUACAUUAGAUCAGAAAGAGGAGAGUUUUCACAGAUUUUCCUCUGAGCUGAUUAGUGAACUGAAGACAAUGCUUGUUUUGUGUGUGUGUGUGUGUGUGUGUGUGUUUUUUAAGUCAACAAAUAAAACAAGCAAAGAGUAUGUGUUUAUAGUCCCCUUCAGUUUAAAAAAAAUAAUCUGUUUGGUGAUAGUCAAAAGUGUGUUAAAUGCCACUAUGAAACAAAAUGUUCAAUUGUCUUCAACUGUUGAAUGGUUAAGAAUUAAAACUCAAGUUUUGUCACCAUUCAGACACAUUAGUUGCUUCUUCUGACCUUUUUAAGCGAGGACUGUAAUGUAACUGGGCCUUACCACAUUUUAGUUGAAUAACCCUGCUAUGUAAUGUCAAUAACCAUUAUCAUUUCAAGCAGUUUUAAUUUAGUACUGCUGAGUAAGACUGAGUAUGCUUAAAGUAUCUGAUUUUCAGCAUAUCAUAUUAAGAGUUAAUUGCCAUAAUUAUUCUGUCAAUAUGUUAUAUGAUUUAUUUCAUAACUUACUAAGGAAAUAUGUAAAUGUACAGAAAUCUGUUCCACCCAUGUAUUUAGGAAUGCAAUUAGGCCGUGAAACACACCACACACAUGGAGUAAAGAGGCUGUAUGCAGGUUGUUCUUAACAUGACUCUGACAUCAUGGAGCACUGCUCCUCAGUGUGAUGGACGUGACAUUUCCUGCAACAUCCACCAUGUGACUAAUCCAGGACAAACCAUGGGAGCAGAUAGUUAGAGAGAGAGAGCAGGAGAGAGAGAGAGAGAGAGAGAGAGAGAGAGAGAGAGAGAGAGCAGAAACUGAUCUCGGUCACGUACAUUAGUCAGAAAUUUAAUUCUCACAUGUAACCUGAGAUUGGCCCAUGCAUGACCGGCAGUGCUAUGGAGUGUUUGCUUGAUAUCCACAAACAAUAGACUGCAUUCUUGUUAUAUUUAAAUAUGCAUGCAUUACAAUACAGAUAUGGAAUGUGUCAAUCAAAUGUAUCACAUGAUCCACUUGCAUGUUUGUCUUUUGCUCAUAUGUUGUGAGUUUCAAAGGCUGAAGUUCAUUUCAUUGCACACAGCUGUAUGUGUAUGUGUGUGUGUGUGUGUGUGUGUGUGUGUGUGAGAGAGAGAGAGAGAGAGAGAGAGAGAGAGAGAGAGAGAGAGAGAGAGAGAGAGAGAGAGCAGAUGCAGUGUGAGACGUGAUCUCAGUCACGUACAUAAGUCAAAAAUUUAAUGAAAAUAGAGUCACUUGUUGACUGACACUGCAGCCACAUGAUCCACUCUGUUGUACCUCUGACCUUUCGGAGUGCUGGCAGGCUAGAGUCCGAACUGAAGUCUCUCAUCAAAAAACACUUUCAGGAACCUGAGCUUGCCAUGGAUUCAGAGACUCCAUGAGGGCUACUGACAAGUCCAUACACUCACUGACUGAAAACUCUUAACAGACUUAGAUCCCUUUACACCUGCAUUAGUUCCUCAGACAUGAUUGCAUUGUUAAAUGAACACAUCCUACCUCAGUGAACACUGUAAGAGUUAAAUUAAUACUAUAAUGCGAUAUUGAGAAAUCAACUAGAGGGAGAAUUUUUAACUGUGGUGUUUAAAAUAUGGAAGAUGAAAUAAAAAUGACAGAAUGACUACAACCUCACUGACACCUUAAGCAAUAAUAAAUAAUAAAAAAAAAACCCUAAACCCUAAUAUUUAUAUUGCUGCCUUGUUUAUUGAGCAGCUAAGAAAUAUUAGUCCCAAGGCUGAAAUAUGAAUGAAUGAAUCAUUCAAUCAAUCAAUCAUAAACAUAACUAAAAACUCAAAUUUAGGUGUAAAUAUUAGCAGUUUGUGGUUAUGCCAAGAUGCAAAAAGUCAGAAAUCAUACAAGACAACAACCUGAAUCAAAGAAUACUUUCAGUCAUUAAAUAUUUUUUAAUGAGCCCAGUUUCCCAAAAGCAUUGUAAAGUUAAGACAAUCUUAACCUGAAAGGAGUGUUCAUUGUGUUGCUUGCUCUAGCAUUUAACUGUGAUCUUUGUGCUACCAUGCUUUUGGGAAACUCAACCCUGACCAGGAAUACCGAUCCAUGAUGUCGAUAAAAAUGUGUCAGAGAUUACCAUAAAGAGAGGACCUUUUAAAGAGUUUGCCACAAGAUGCACCAGUGGAGCUUUCAGAAUUAAAAUUUCUAGUCCUAUAAAGUGUUAUGGACAGUGUACACUAGAAUGGAAUGCCAAUGAUAUUUAAUUUAAUUAAUCUCUACAGUGCAUCAUCAGUUUCACUCUCUCACUGUACCAGCACAUAUACAGGUACAUACCAAUCCUUCUCCACCACAUUUGGUGUAGUACAUCAUGACCUUCAUUAGCAUCUUAAUAUUAGGGCCAAGUGUAGCAGGUAUUCAGGAACAUACCAAUUCUUCUCCAUCCACAUUUGGUGUAGUACAGCAUAACAUUCAUGAGCAUCUGAAUAUUGUGCAAGUUUGAAUAAGAGACCAUAAUCAAUAUUAAAGCAGUUCUUUGUAGUUUAAAAUAUAUCACUAUUACUCUCUAAAGAGCUUGCUGAUAUAUUUACGGCAUUUGUUAGGGGGUAUUAAGGAGAGAGAAUCCAGUGUCCAGCAUUUCAAAGCACUAAUGAGUGUGCUGAAAUGUGAUAGCAAUUCUAAGCCUGAUCAUGCUGGCCUAUACCCAAGAUAUUCCUCAGCGAAAGGAUCUUUUUAUAAAGCUGUAUCACUGGCAUCAUGUGAGAGAUAUUUUUUGAGGUGAGAAUGUUUUAGAAGACUUGGCCAUGGCACAGUUGGCAUCUGUAAUCUUUGAUAUUCAUAGAUGUAAGGUGUAUGAGGGAUAAUAUUUACUUUGAAAUAUAGUGUAUAUAUUCUAUUCAACUGUAUGUACACUUACAGAAACAAACACAUAACCGUAGGUGACAACAAGAACAAAAAAAAAAACACGUUUUAAUAUGUAGACAGAAACAUGAUACACGCUUCGGAUACAGUAGGAAGUACACCCUUCCUACUUCUGCAAUCAUUAAGAGAGUAACUAGCAGCCAGCUGUUACCAAUGAAAUGUACAAGAUUAGUUAAUCAUCAAGAAGUGUGACUGCCUCUAUAAAAGCAGACUUUUGGCAGUUUGGUGUUUUGGAGCACUCAGGUGUGUGUCUACAUCAUAGCAAGAAGAAAGGACAUCAACCAUGGCCUCAGAUAAGCAGUUGUUGCUGCUCAUCAAUCUGGGAAGGGUUACAGUGGAGGAAAUAAGUACUGAACGUGUUAACAUUUUUUUUCAGUAAAUAUAUUUCCAAUGAGCUAUUCACAUGAAAUUUUCACUAGACACCCGUAUUAACUCAAGAAAUCUGGAAAUAUAAAGAAUUCACAACAUUAAAGUCCAUAAAUGAAUUUAUGUGUAAUAACGUGGAAUGACACAGGGAAAAACUAUCGAACACAUUAAAUUGCAAUUUAUUUAAUACUUAGUGGAGAAGCCUUUGUUUGCAAUGACAGCUUCAAGAUGCUUCCUGUAUGAAGAAAUUAAUGGGUCGCAGUAUUCAGGUGUGAUUUUGAUUCUUCUAAACAUAUUGUCUUUAAAUCAAUUGGAUUCAAGUCAGGUGAUUGACUGGGCCAUUCUAACACCUUGAUUUUUUUUCUCUGAAACCAACUGAGAGUUUCUCUUGCUGUAUGUUUUGGAUCGUUGUCCUGCUGGAAGCUCCAACACGCCUCAUCUUCAUCAUCCUGGUGUAUGGCAGCAGAUUCUUCUCAAGAAUCUCCCAGUAAAGGGCUCCAUUCAUCAUUCCUUCAAUUAUAUGAAGUCUGCAAGUACCACAGCCCUACACCAUGAUGCUUCCACCUCUAAACUUCACUGUUGGUAUAGUGUUUUAAGGGUGAUGUGUAGUUCCAUUUCUUCUCCAAACAUGGUGUGUAGUAUGACAACCAAAAAGUUUAAUUUUGCUCUCGUCUGACCAGACUACACUCUCCCAGUAUUUCAUAUGCUUAUCCAAACGAGUUGUAGCAAACUUUAAACAAGCUUCGACAUGCCUUUUCCUUAGUAAUGGAGUCUUGUGGGGUGAGCGUGAGCAGCGGAGUGCAUUGACUAUUGUUUCUCUGUGAUGAUGGCACCUGCUGCCUCCAAGUGUUUCUGGAGCUCUUUCUGAGUGGUCCUUGGCUCUUGAGCUACUCUUCUGACUAUUCUUCUGACUCCAUGGUCAGAAAUCUUGCGAGGAGCUCCUAUGCGUGGCCGGUUGAUGAUGGAGUGAUGUUUCUUCCACUUGUGGAUAAUGGCCCCAACGGUGCUUACUGGAGAAUUUAGAAGUUUUGAAAUACGUCUGUAUCCGAUUCCAUCAAUAUGUUUUGCAACAAUGAGGUGGCAAAGGUCUUUGGAGAGCUCUUUGCUUUUACCCAUCAUGAGAUGUUUCUUCUGUGACACCUUGGUAACAAAAAGCCUUUUUAUAGACCAUCAAUUUACUAACCCAGAUGAAAUUAAUUUGCACAGAUAAGAGGUAUAAUUACUUACGGAAUUCAGCUGGUUCCCUGCCUUACCUUGCCUUGGAGAACUGCUUUUUCUUAGCGUGUACAACACUUUUUUCCUGUGUCAUUCCACUUUAUUACACAUAACUUUAUUUAUGGACAUUAAUGUUGUGAAUUCUUUAUAUUUCCAGAUUUCUUGAGUUAAUACUGAUGUCUGGUGAAAAAUUCAUGUGAAUAACCUCACUGGAAAUAUAUUUACUGAAAAAAAUGUUGAUGCUUUCAAUGCUUAUUUCCCCCACUGUAUAAGGCCAUCUCCAAACAAUUUGAAAUACACCAUUCUGGCUAGGAAAAAGCCCCUUUUCUCCAAAAAGAAUGUAAUAGCAUGACUUAGGUUUGAAAAAUUGCAUAUGAACAAACUACAAAGGUUCUGGAACAAUAUCUUUUGGACUGAUGAGACCAAGCUGCAGAUGUUUGGUCAUUAUCCACAGAGCCAUGUUUGGCAUAAACCAAUCAACACAAACACCUCAUACCAUCUGUCAAGCAUGUUGGUGUUGGGGUGAUGAUUUGAGCUUGUUUUGCAGCCACAGGACCUAGGAAACCUGCAGUUAUUGAGCCAAAGAUGAACUUCACUUUAUACCAGGAUAUUUUUUACACAAAUGUGAGGCCAUCUGUCUAGAAGCUUAAGCUGUGCCAAAGUUGAGUCAUGUAACAGGACAACGAUCCCAAGCACAGCAGCAAAUUGACAUCUGAAUGGUUAACGAAAGAAAAGGUGUUGGAAUGGCCAAGUCAACGAUCAGAUCUCAACCCCAUUGAGAUGCUAUGGUGGGAUCUUAAAAGAGCUGUACAUAAAUGAACACCCUCAACAAUCAAUGAACUGAAGCAACAGCGGGCCAGAAUUUCUCCAGAACGAUGUGAGAGACUCAUAUGCUCCUGCAGAAAAUGUUUACUUCAAUUUAUUGUUCCUAAAUGUUGUUCUAAAUGUAAUUAUAGGGCAUACUUAUUUUUCUUCCCUCCUGAUUUCUGAAUAUUAGUUUACUUUUUGGGAAAAAAUGACUAGUUAUUGAAACUUGUUGUGUAUUUUUGUUGUUGCCUGAGGUUAUUUGUUUGUUUAUAAACGUUGGUGAGGACUGCACAAUUGUUAUUGAGGCCCUGAUAAAUAAAAACAAAGAAUUGAAA